CUCGAGUACAAGGAAGCAUUGAAAGACUGAAGCCAUCAGCCACUGCUCUUCAGUAGCUCAGCUGGACUCUGAUCUCACCAUGUUCAUCAACUGUAAGCUGGCAAUGCUGAUACUUGUGCUGACUCUCUGUGGUCAAGCAUAUGCAGGGAAAAUCUUUGGAGGCCAUGAGGUUGUGCCACACAGCCGGCCAUACAUGGCGCUGUUGGUGAGGACCAUGUCAGAUGGUAGCACAAAACACUGUGGAGGAUUUCUUCUGAAUGAGGAUUUUGUGAUGACUGCAGCCCACUGCCAAGCCAAGACUUACACAGUCUUACUAGGAGUUCACAAUAUGGACAAGAAUGAAAAAAGACAGAAAAUAACUGUGGAACAAACAUUUCCACAUAAGGAUUACAAUGAAAAGACAUACGUCAAUGAUGUCAUGCUUCUUAAGCUGAGCUCCAAGGCAAAUUUCAGUAAGAAUGUGAAACCCAUCGCUCUUCCACCCGGCAAUUAUGACUCCCUUCCAAAAUCAUGUAGCGUCUCAGGCUGGGGAAGAGCAAACAGGAGCAAUCAAUAUAUGUCACCCAUACUCAUGGAAGUCAGUGUGGAACUGAUUAACGAUGACAAAUGCACUCAAGGAAACAUGUACUGCUCUAAAGGAGAAAAGGGACCGGGGGAGGGAGACUCUGGUGGUCCACUGGUCUGUGAAGACAGUAAGGCCUAUGGGGUUGUGUCCUCCACCUUCAAGCCAGAUUCUGGUGGCCCUGAAGUGCAUAGGUACGCUAAGAUUCCUGAUUACAGAGGCUGGAUCGUGUCAACAGUUAAAAAUGCUCUGAUGAAGCUUCCUUCUACCUCGACUACAAGGAAGCAUUUAAAGACCGAAGCUGUCAGUGAUGUGAGCCACUGCUCUUCAGUAGCUCAGCAGGACUCUGAUCUCACCAUGUUCAUCAACUGCAAGCUGGCAACGCUGACACUUGUGCUGACUCUCUGUGGUCAAGUUCAUUCAGGAGGAAUCAUUGGAGGCCGUGAGGCUAAGCCACACAGCCGGCCAUACAUGGUGCUUUUAAAGACGAAAAUGCCAGAUGACCCUGAUGAUGGACACUGUGGUGGAUUCCUUCUGAAUGAGGAUUUUGUGAUGACUGCAGCUCACUGUCAAGCCGAGUCCUACAGAGUCUUGCUUGGUCUUCACUCAUAUUACGAUAAAAACGGAACACAGGAAUUGUCUGUGGUACAAUCAUUUCCACAUAAAGACUAUGAUGCAAAGCAUGUAAAAAAUGACAUAAUGCUCCUUAAGCUGAGCUCCAAGGCAAAAUUCAACGAACACGUGAAACCCAUUCCCCUCGCAGAAGAGGACAACGGCCAUCUGCCAAAUUUAUGCAUGGUCUCCGGCUGGGGGCUGACAGGAAAGGAUAACUAUAUGUCUGACAUACUGCUGGAAGUCAAUGUAACCCUGACUAACAACAGCCACUGUGCUGGGAGAAAGCUGUACUGCUCUGAGGGACCGACUGGACCAGGAGAAGGAGACUCUGGUGGUCCAUUGGUCUGUGAAGAUGGGAAGGCUUAUGGGUUGGUGUCCUGCAGCAAGAAACCAGACCUGGAUGGCCCGAUAGUCUAUAAGUAUACGAAGAUACCUGACCACAAAGAGUGGAUCGAUACCAUCAUGCAACAUAAGGGAAAGUUCUAAUACACGCAACAGUUGAUUGAUCAAAUAUUUGCAGAUAUCAUUUGUGUAACAUGGCUAAAUAAGAAUUUUAAGAACUGAGAUGUAAGACUGAAGUCUGGAAUCUGAAUCAAAAGGAUAAAAUCAUAUUAUUCUGAUGUUGUUACGUUCAUAAUAAACUUGAUUUCUGAGGAAGUUUUCGCUUUAAAUCAAAAAUACAGGUGUGGUAGUUGCUGAUAAUAGACUUUGUAUCAUCUGCCCUUUAAUACAGCCUCAACAAUGUUAAGUGAAAUAUUGCUUUGUUUAUUUGCUUUUUGAUUUGCUUAAAUGAAAAUAUAGGAUUCAUUACAUUUGUUUUUUGUUUGUUUGUUUGUUUGUUUUUUACCAAUAAACAGUUGCUGUCCAA